AUGGAUCAGCCAAGGCGGGAAGACCGCACAGAUCCGUCAGCAGGUGUCGCCGAAAGGCUUGGCGAAGAUAGCGAAAUGGAAUUGGCGGAAUCGACCGAACCGGACGAUGGGGGAGCCGCAAGGGGCCGGGGAGAGGCGGAAGAGGCGCGAGAGGUGGCGGGAGAGGAGCGAGAGUUGGAGCGAGAGGCGGUGCGAGAGGCGCGAGAAUUGGCGCGAGAGGCGGCGCGAGAGGCGACGCGAGAGGCGCGAGAUUUGGGGCGAGAAAUACGAGAGGCGCGAGUGUUGGCUCGAGAGUUACGAGAGGCGCGAGAGGCGACGCGGGAGGUGCGGGAGGCGGUUGGAGAGGCGCUAGCGGCGGUUGCGGAAGGUGGUGCUCUAUCGACACAGGAGCUGGUGAACAUGAUCUACCGUGCCGCGAACCCCGUUAACCCCGUGAACCCCGUGAAUGAGGACGAUAAUGACUUGUCGUUGGACGACCAUGGCGAUAGUGGCGACGACAGUGAGGAGGAGGACGAGGAGGCCAAUAACGGGGAUAUGGAGGCGAUGGAAGCGAGGGCUGCGAGGGAUGCGGAGAUGGCGGAGGAUGGGGAGAUUGUUAUGACUGACGAGGGGGAUAUGUAUGACGACUAUACAGAUGACGACGAUGAUGAAGAUGAUGAUUCGGACAAUGAUAGCGAGGAGGAUUAUAACGAGGUCGAAGACCCGCACUAUAACGAGCGGAGGAGAUCGGUCCUGAGGGUCGCGUCCGCGAUAGCAGCAGCCCCGUUAGACGACUGGAGCGCGGUGAAAGGCGCGGAGGUGCACGAGGAGGCCAAGUACCUCGUGGAUAACGCCUGCUCCACAUACCGCCUGCCCUCAGGGGUGUGCCACCACCAGUGCUGCGAUACUCUCGUGGCAGGGCCCGGCCCUGUCGCCUCCACGUAUGCCGCACAAAGUUUUGCCCGGGUCGAUGCAGCACCAGCACCAGCAUCAGCAUCAGCAUCAUUCCCGCAACAACCUCCUCCCCUCUCACCACCACCACACUCCCACUCCUCCCCUUCAUCCUCCUCCGCCGGCCCAUCACCGCCCCCACCGUUCUCGCAAGAGGUGAUAUGCACGGUGCAGCGCAUAGUGACGCUCUACAGCACGGCACGGCGGGAGGUGGUGGCCAUCACGUCACUGCCCUCGGAGCCCUACAGUGUUGACAGAUUUGGAGACGUGGUCGUGGCGGGUUGCUAUGGCACGGUGUGCCUCUACCUCAUUCGCAGGGAGCUUGUCAAAAAGACAGCUGGUUGGACCAAGGACGGCGCUCCAGAGCUCACUACCGCAUCCCACCCCGCCCACCACCAUCACCACCACUACCAACCACAGCAGCUGCAGAGCAGGGGCAAGGGCGCAGCAGGGGCAGCAGCGGCAGAGGAAGAGGAGGAGAGAGUGUGGUUUGAGGCGGCAGGGAUGGUGGGGGGGUUCGAGAGCAGUCUGAUCGGGUCUUCUAUGUGCAACUCAGUGCGGUUCGGCACCGUUGGUAACUGGGUGCGCAUGCUACUGGCCCAUCAGAACGGCUACCUCUACCUCUUCACGCUGCCACCACCCUUCCAGCCAGCCACAGCACGCCAAGUGGGGCGAUCUGAUUGGGUGUUUGGCGCUCAAAGUUUGGAAGACGCUCAGCAGAUGGCCCUGGAGGCUCGAACUUCCCUCUCCCCCUCCCAGGUGUGUGUGCUGGACCGAGCAUCUGAGUUCAGAGUGAGUGGCAUGGCCAGCAGCCGGAUUCCAGUGGCCUCUAGGAGGAACAGGGGCGCCACUCACGGAUGCCAGUACCUGGCCUGGAACCCCUCAUCCUCGUUACUAGCAGUCUCCAGCGACUCGCUACAAGCCGUGUACGUGUGGGGCGUGUCUCGCGCCUCCCAACCAUCGAAAGCACGGCCAUUUACCAGAGCAGCAGCAGCAGCAGCACAGGAGUUACCAUCAGCAACUGCAUCAGCAGGAUCAGCAGCGCCAGCAGCAACAGCAGCAGUGCCAGCGGUGCAGAUGACCCCCCUGGUGAAGCUGGAGCAGGCCUUCCAGUCACCCCCCCUUGCCCUGCAGUUUGACUGUUUCAACCCGCACCUCCUGCUGGUUGUAGAGCGGUGCAGUGCGGUGCACGCUGUGGACGUGCGAGCACCCCAUGCCAGGCAGCAGAUUCAAGUGCACCGCGAACCCUCAUCAGAAGCAGAGCAGCAGAGGGAGCAGAGGGAGGAAGCAAGGGAGGAUGGCCGCUGGGUCGUGGCGCUAGGGGGUCUUCCCACCACCGCUGGGCCAGAUGCUGCUGCUGCUGCUGCUGCUGCUCGUGCUGCCGAUGCUGCUGAUGCGGCUACUGCCGCUGCUGCUGGUGCUGCUGCUGCUGCUGGUGCUGGUGCUGCUGCUGCUGCUGCUGGUGCUGGUGCUGCUCCUGCUGCUGGUGGCACUCGUGCUGCUGCUGGUGCUGCUGCCGCCGCUGCUGAUGCUGCGGCCGCCGUCGCUGGGGCUGUUUCCGCUGCUGCGGGUGUUGCGCGCGCUGCCGAUGGUGCUGGUCGUGCUGCAGGGGCUGUUGUGUCUGCUCGUGUGACAGUGGGGGGAGUGGUGGGGGGCAUGGUGGACGCAGCACAGGUCCAGCUGAGGCGCCAGCUGCAGCAGCUGGAGCAGCUGUUGCAGCGCCGCAACCAGCCGCCUGUCAGUGAGGUGGUGGGGCUAGCAGCUUACCAUCACCCUGGAGUACUUGUCUCUACCGAAACCACCGUGUUCCAGUAUCCUCGCAUGGGCGCCUGGUCACCCACCUCUCACCGCCUCUAUCCCAAGCGUUUCAAGGAGGUGGUACGGCUCUUGCUGUUGGGGCACUAUGCUACUGACAGCCGCUGCAACCAGACGCAGCCUGACAACAGGUACCUGUGGUUUCUUCCACUGGAAGUGUUGCUUCAGAUAAUAGGACAUGCGGCUACACCACUUUCUGCUUGGAUUAGCGAUUCACAAUAA